AUGCUUGAUUUGUCUGCUGCCUUUGAUACAAUUGUUAACGAAACGCUCCUUCGCCGCCUUGAACGACAUUUUGGAAUUACAGGCAAGCCACUCGCGUGGAUAACGUCAUACAUGACCGACCGAUACCAGACUGUAUGCAUAAACAACAAGCUCUCACAGUCAGUCCACAUGGAGUACAGUGUACCUAAAGUGUCUGCCCUGGGACCCAAGAGCUAUGUGGUGUAUACAAAACCUGUUGGAGAAAUCUGCCCAAUGAUUGUCAAAGUUUACAAUUUCCUUGCCACUCUUGAUCUUAAGCUGAUAAGCCUAGAAAAUCUUAAGGAAAUGGAGAGAAGGGCUGGUGAAGUGAUAGAAGCUGUCUCAACAGAAUCACAGAGACGGUCAGCUGAAGAGGCUUACAAAAAAAGAAAUGGAGUAUUUUUUCCUUUCACUUCCAAGCACUGUGUUGAAAGCUAUCUAUAUGAUGUGACAAUUUUAGGUAUUGGUCAUACAUCAGACCCAGAUAUACAGACCUUACCAGAUGCAGUUCCUAAGGGAACGUUCAAGCCAGUAAAGACAGAAAAUCCUACAUUUAUAACAUUUGAUUUGGAAACUACAGAUCUAAUUCGAGGUUCACAGAUGCCACAUAUAACACAGAUUGCAGCUAAAGAAAUAAAGACUGCUGCUACAUUUAAUCAAUAUGUAACUCCUGCAAUGCCAAUAGCAGCAGAAGCUCAACAAAUAACUGGCAUAAAAGUCACUGAUGAUGGUUAUAUGACUGUCCGUGGUGCACAUGUUAAUAACUUAAAUGUACAUGAAUCUUUAGAUAAUUUCUGUAAGUGGCUUGCUAAGUUCCAAAACCCUGUUCUGAUUGCUCAUAAUGGAUGACACUUUGAUUUCCCAAUACUUUUAUCAACUUUCCUUUCUGUUGGAAAGUGGCAACAAUUUUUCGGUAUUGUUCAAGCAGUCAUUGAUUCUGUUUAUUCUGUGACUCUGUGACUGUUUAGUCAUUUUA